AUGUACCACGUUAGAGUAGUACCGUGGGCUGACCCUAAAGAGUUGGAUGAUUUGAGGAACUGGUUUUAUAGUAAUAAUGAUGACAGAGCAAAAGCAAUCGCCAAAGUGAAAAGCUAUCAAAGUCGAGGUUCACAAUAUUUACCGCAUGUAAUUGACUCAACAUCACAACUGACUAGUGCUGUAUUACUCGAUGAAACAAAUAACCAGGUAGGAAUGAACGCAAUUAGAAUGGCAUACACGAUGGCAUUAAUUAGAUUUGUCAAUGGUAUAUUAGAUCCUAACCAACAAGCGCAAUAUGCGAUCCCAUUACAUAGAUUGGCACAAAAUGUUGGUUUAGGUAGUUCUUUUGUCGAAUUGAGGCAUUGGGGUACACAUGAAAGAGAUUUACCUAGCAUUGAAAUGCUUAGAAUUACAACAAAGGAGGCUCUUACUUGGUUAUGGGAUCAUUAUUGGAAUGAUAGUACAUUAGAAGAUAUGACCAGUGACGAUGAAGGUAACGCUAUAGAAGAUACUGUGAGUGAGGAGCAAACUGAAUUACAACGAGUUUUGAUUCUAUGGCCAGGAUUAUUGUAUGAAUUCUCUCAUAACAAAUAUAUUUGGCAAAAUGAUAAUAAUUCUUUAAUUAGUAGUUCAAACUUUACAGUAUCUGAAAAGACAAAAAAUAGUCAAAAGUUACCAGAGACAAAGAUUAAUAAUUAUAUCAACGAUUGGAAAACUAUUUGGAAAAGUUAUCAUGAUCGUGAACAAUUUGUCGAUAUUGUUAUGGAAAAAUAUAAUUCUCUUUUACUUCAUUUAUUAAUACUAAAAUUAACAGAUUUUGAAAUAUUUUAUUUUAAAUGGCUUCUGAAAGAAUAUAUUCAACAACUCCAAGACGGCAAUAAACGAGAUUCGAUAAGAAAUAAUUCAUUAUUGAGUAAACAUUUCAGAAGUUGGACAGAUAUUGAACAAAAAUUAGUAAAGAGAGUUAUAAAUCAUUUGAAUAUUAAAACAGUAAUACCGAGAUGGAAACUUUGGAAUGAUUCAUUGAAGGAAAAUCCAUCUUAUUUAUCUUUGGUAAUAGUGAAGGCUCUUAUAAAGAGAAUGAAUGAAAUGACUAACGGUAAUGGGAACACUAAUGACUGGAGAAAGAAAAAGAAGAGAAGACAAGCGUCUAAUGAGCAAGAAACAAUGAAUUCAGCAAAUGAAUUACUGAAGGAGUUAGAAUCGAGAUAUGAUAUCUCCGAAAAGGAUAACUAUGAACAAUCGUUUGUCAUCGUAAAGACUAAAGAAACAAUCUCAAAUAGCAUUGAAAAGAAUCAUAAUUUUUCACCUAAUGACAUAUUCAAUGAUUUGGCAAACUUGAAGAAAAGACUAAAACAUGCAAAUAGUGAACCCUCAGAAGUCAAGGACAAAAUAGAAGUUAAGAAACAAAAAAUAAUGCUAUGGGAAACUCCUACAGAUUGGACACCCAAACCAUUUGGUAUGUUAUAG